AUGCUUGACUACCAGCCACUAGGGAAACGGGAAUCAAGCUCCAGUUUCCUUGCGGACCAUCCCGUCCCCGUCCCGACCGAUAAUUUCCCCGGUCUACCGACGCGGCUUCGGUACGGAGGCACUACCUAUAUUGGACUAUACUCCCCGGCAGGCUCGCAGAGUGCUUGUAUCCCACAUCUGGGCGUCAUCGUUGAGGUAUCCUUUCCUCGGGAGGGGAGGGGUAUCCAUCGGUCGCUCCAGUUUGAUUGA